AUGCCAAUCGAUCACUAUCUUAUUCCUGACUAUAGCCACCUAUAUAACAACGAUAAACAUUCUGAUAUCCAUAUACACGUUGGGAAAGGAAAUGAUUUGACAGUCUUUCGGGUACAUUUGCAAGUGCUAUGUAAACGUUCUUCAUACUUCGACCAGUCAUUUUCCGACGACGUUCAAACUUCAAAAACGCAAGAGCAAGGAGAAACUUCUACAAGAAUCGGAGCAUUCACUAUGUAUUACGAAGACUUGUCUCCAAUUGCGUUUAAAAGCAUUCUCAGGUAUAUGUACAUAGGGAAACUAUCACCGUCUAGACAUCAAUAUUUUGAAUUACUGGAAGUCUUAAAGAUAGCGAACAAAUUUGCAUUAAAGAAGCUUGUCGACGCAUUAUUAAGAAUUAUUUCCGAAGAGUUGUCUUGCCUACUCGAAAAACACAUCAUAUCAACUAUGAUCGCAGCCCAAAAUGAGGGAUUCGAUGUAUUGGAGAAACGCUGUCUAGCAAUAAUCGAAGAAAGUCCAGAAACUGUGCUUUUGUCAAAUGAUUUUCUCAAAUGCAACAAGGAUCUCUUGAUUAAACAAUUGGAAAAAGAUAGGCUUGACAUGGACGAAGCAGAUAUAUGGGACUGUAUUCUUAAUUGGACGAUAGCCCAAGCAAACGUCUCCGCAGACUCGAAGAAUUGGAGUGCAGAUGAUAUUGCAACAUUAAAAGACAUGAUAGCAGAAAUGGUUCCCCAUCUGAGGUUGUUCUACAUGAAACAAACCAACUUUGCGGAAAGAGAACCGAUUAUGGAGAAACUUCUCCCAGAAUCACUGUACAGAGCGUUGAAGCAGUUUUACUCAUCUAAUGGGAGUAAUCAAAACCGCAAGCUACCAAGGCCAAGGAUUCGCUUCCCUAUUAUCAAUUCGAUAUUAAUAAACAAGGAGCAGGCGCGUUGGAUUGCGCAUCACAUUCGACAGCAAGCGCCAUCUAGUUCACGCAAUUCAUUCCAUGUGGAUCCAUUUUGUGAUUUCGAGUUGCUGUUAUCCGGAAGCUUGGACGGAUUUACACCAACGAUUUUUCACCGUACUUGUGAUAAUAAAGGACCAACUAUUGUCGUAGCAAAGAUAAAAAAUAGUGAUGAAAUAGUCGGUGGAUAUUGUCCGUUAGAUUGGAAAUCGCCUCGUAACGAGUAUUACGGAAAUUGCUCAGAUAGUUUUCUAUUUGCGUUUCAUGGGAGCGGGUUACGUGAUGCUAAAUAUAGUCCCGUACAGCAAGCGAAUCAUGCUAUAUUCUUUACUGCCGAUUCUGGUCCGUGCUUCGGUUAUAAUGGGGCGGAUUUGUAUUUUGACGGCAAAAAGCCGUUUUGUUCGACGAAAAAAGAAUCUUAUUCUAUAUCAAUUAGAAAUGGUAGAAAUUGGUUUGCAAUAAUGGACUAUGAAGUAUUUCAAGUUGUAAAAAGAGAGAAUUGA